AGGCUGUUUGUUGUGUUAUGAAGUUGGAAUAUUGUGUACUUUAUUGAAAGUGAUUAAUUAAUUUAGGUGAAAAUUGUCUUAUGAGCUUAGUUAACAGAGGAUUAUAAAUUUACCUGUAUUAAGUAUGCAUGUGCUAAUCACGUAGGUCUGAUAAGCUUAUAGGAUACAGUUGAAUCAAGUGGUUAACCUCUUAACCUUGAGAUAGGCUAUGCAAUUUAGUUUGAUAUAAAUGUUUGACAGAAAGUUAACAGUUCUCAUUACGUGAUGAGACUUCAGGUGUCCACGAUCCUUAUGGUUUUAUUUUGCAAAUCCAAACUUUUUAGGUAUUUACUUUUAUCCCCUUUAGUUUAUCUAAAUAUAAAAUCAUGUUGAAACUCAGCAGUAAUCUGAAAAUAUUUGUUAUUAGACAUUUUCAUUCUAUCAAAAAGCACAAAGUUCCUGUAACUAGACAGCUACACAAUUUCGCACAUCAAAAGUUAUUAGGAAAAUAUCUUUUUUUGACUAACACCGUCAGCAGUGGUCUCUUGAUGGCAGCUGGAGAUGGUGUCCAACAACAAAUUGAAUUCUACAAGAAAGUCCACAAGAAGGAGACCUAUGAUUGGAUAAGGACAAUGAACAUGACGAUUGUUGGAUUUGCUCUGGGUCCUGUGCAACACUUUUUCUACAAGUACAUCGACUUCAUUUUACCUAAACGCACUUUGAAAUCAGUUAUGAAGAAAAUACUACUGGACCAAACUGUAGCUUCCCCCUCUGCGAUCUGCAUUUUCUUCUAUGGACUUGGACUACUUGAAGACGGUGACUUUAAAGAGGCACACAAGGAAAUGAAACAGAAGUUCCUCACAAUUUACAUGAUGGACUGGAUCGUGUGGCCUCCUACCCAGUAUCUCAACUUUGCCUACCUUCCUGCUAAGUACCGAGUCGUCUAUGUCAAUUUCAUCACAAUGCUCUACGAUGUUUUUCUUUCUUACGUAAAAUAUGAGAACAAGGACUUCCACUACUCACAGUUCCUACGUCUUCCGAACUUGCCCCGCUGGAGGAUUAGAUACGCCACUAGUCCGUUAGUUCUGACGGAAGUCGCCUGUCAGGGUGCAACUCUGGUGCAUGACCAACCUGAGCCGGUUGUAUCGUGAGUCUCAGACAUCUUUGCAACCACGUCUUUCAUUAUUUAUCUAUAAAUCAACUUUAGCUUUAUAGACAAUUGACUAUUUUAAUUGUCCUAUUUUCGAUUACUCAUAUCAGCUUUUUAGAUUAGAUUUAUUUUGUUUUGACUGUUAUUUUAGAUCUUUAAAAUUAGUUAAAUAGGAAAAUAGUUGUUAAAACGCCUACUAAGUAGUGCCAAGCGAACAAAUUCGAUAACAGAUGCCUUGCUACAAUGGUGCUGUUGGUAGCACUUAAAUCUGGAUAUUGUCUUUCUCUAGUGUUAUUUAUGUAUGUUAUUUAUUAUGUAUUUUGAGUAACUAUUUUACUCUACCUUCAUAUGGUCUGACAAAGGAAUGUUUGUGCAAUAUAAUUUAGAUUUUCUUGUUUUAUGUUUUAAGUGCUUUAUAAUUCCAUUGCAUACUGUUUCAACAAAUACCCGUUAAACCAAUAUAUACAACACAGUUUCUCUCUAAAGCAGUCGCUCAAAUGUAGUGUUGUAUAAAAAUAUAUUCUUAAGAGAGGCAAAAAAAUCACAUUCAUUCAACUAUAUAACAAAAUGCUGUGUCCUAAUAGAACAAUUGUAAACAAGCCAGCCCAUAAAAAAGAUAAGUAUUAAAAAUUUAGUAAAUUAAUAAACUUCAGCUAAAAACAUGUACAGUAUAAACUUAUUAUUAUAAGUUUAUGUAUAUUUGAAGUUCUGGAUUUAACUUGUGGUUAAUCUAAUAUAGGCUACUUUCUUUACUUUUGGUUGAACAGUAUUGAGAAUAAAAUAUGACUUGUUCGAUCUGUUUCAUAAAUUACAUUGUAAAUUUUUUUUAUAUGCCAAGAUUUUUAAAGCUGGGCGUAUGCUGGGACGCACGUGACACAAUGCACACAAUCCAAGUUUCAUUUUUGUUUUGCAGCACAUGAAUGUUUGACCAGCGUAUUUUGGGGCGCAGCACACACACUAUGCAAUCGCCAAGAUUGACGAUACAGUACUGUAGUAGCAACUCCUCUGAGUCUAAUAUGGGAAUUUAAUGUUCUCCCUAUUUUAGUGACAUCUUGUCAAACAUAUUUUUUUGUGAAAUGCUAACAGCUAAUUGUCAUUAAAUAAUCUUAUCAAAUUUAAUGAAAAUAUAUACAAAAACUAACCAACUACAACAGUUUAGUAUUUUUUUAUUUUUGUAAGAAUGGAUAGUUUUAAAUUUUGAGUGAUGUGAGUUUUAAAUGUGAGUUUUUUUUUUCGUAGUCCGUAGUUAUUAAGCUUACUAUACGGUAAUGCAGCAAUAGUGUGUGCCAGACACAUAGACGUGUGCGACUGAGCUUACGCGACGCUGUAAGGAAACAUGGUGGCACAGUUUUCUGCCAUGUUUUGGGUUGUGUGUGUUGCGCUGCGUGUGUCUCAGCAUAAGCCCGGCCUAACAUCAUGUUUAAAAUAUUUACAAACUUAAUAAAUAUUGUUAUGUCGCUAUGGCAUGUUUCUGAAUAGGUCAUUAGAUUUACAUUAUUUUAUCAUACAUUACAAUGACUGAACAUAGUUAUACAUCAAACCACAUACAUUUUUUUAGCAAUCUUCAAACAUUUUAUGAAGAAAAAAAUAGAUCAUGCCCAACUAAUUACUUCUCACAUUUCUUACACUCAUUUUUACAAACAAUUGAUAAUUGAGUUUUUACCAUUGACUAUUAGAUACUGAAGUCUAUGACUAUUAGAUAUUGUUGUAUUAAUAGUCAAAGGUUAUUACUUCAUAAUGUAGUUGUUUUUCUAAACCACGUUAGCUAAUCAAUAUAUUGAUUAAAGGUUAUUACAUCAAAUAUUGAGACCCCGGUAGGCUGUAUACGCUCAACUUAAACUUAUUUAUUUUACUGAGGUGUUAUAGUUACCAGAUAUCGAUUUUGUGCAUUCAUAAAUAAAUUAGGACUUAAACAUUUGUAAUCAAAAAGCUUUACACAAAGUUUUUGUCUAAUUUUAAUUUUUUUUCACCUUUACAUUAUAACCUAAAAAUAUUUCUGAUGUUUUUCUUUCAAAUGUUAUUAAAUAUCUUCUUUGUUUUUAUUGGCGACAAUAUAGUAUUAGUAUUGUUGAUUGUACUUGAGUUUAGUCUUGUGUUAGCUAUUAUACAUUAUGUUUCCAGUUUAAGGAAUAUCUGCUUAGAGUCUUUCAUUUUAUUUAAAGAAUCAAACUUAGGUUUAAUAAACCAAUAUUUAUUAAGUAUUUACUAGUUGUUUUUCAUUCUUUAGCUGUAUGUACCUUGAAAUAUAAAAGGUUUGCCUGAUGCUGUUGUUUUUAGUUAACUUUGUUUUCAUCAAGAAUAAAAAAUAUACAAUUAGGCUACUCAUGAGUUAUAUAGAUUUUUAUUCUGUUACAGAAUGGUAAUUUUUUUUUCAAUAAUAAGUGAGAUUUAAAAUUAAAUAUCUAAGUUUUUACUAUAAAUAAGUGUCGAUGCUUACAAUGAAACUUGUGCUUUACAGGAAGUUAAAAAUGUACCGGUAUGUCUUUUAUUAUGAAAAUACCAUAAUCUGGAAUACCGUUUUUUACUGUUUUGAUUGUAUAAUAUUUCAUUAAUAAGGUGUAUUUUAUCUUGUUUUCACUACUACAUACUAGGGUCUAUAAAUUCUUUGAGUUUUGUAUUCAUGCGGAAUUAACUUGCUCUGAAAACUCAUGUUUGUACUUCAGUAAACAUAUGUUUUGUAACAUAUGUUACAUAUUUAAAAUUAUUGAAUAAUGUUUCACUAAUAGAUUUUUGGUAUUAUUAUUUUGUUAUGUCUUAAUUUAUCCUGUGAAAAUACUUUUCAGUUUAAUGUUCAAUUCUUGUUUGAAAAUAAUUUUUACCUAGAUUGUAAAUCAAAUUUUAGAGUUAGUUACCAAAUGACAGUAUUUUCAAAAAGUGUAUAAUAUUGGUUGUCAGUAUUUGUUUUAGUUCCUGGAAUAAAAUUUCAGUUUUAAAAGUAUAA